CUAUGAUCUAUCAAUAUAAUAAGAACAAAUUAUAAUUUAUUUAUAUAUUAAUUGGAAAAAAUUUUCCAAAUCUCACAGCUCUCUUUCUUCUCAAUAAAGGAACGGAAGAAAUUUUCAUUUUUGUGAAACAAUUCCAUCGGUCCAAAACUAGCAAAGCAAAACCACACAUCACAGAACGAAAAACGAGAAAAAAAUAACUAUAAUAGAAUUCUCACUUUUUUUUUUUUCACUUCUUUGACCGAAUCGACAGCUAGGAAUCGCUGCUGUUCAUUUCAGGUCAACUGGGGUUGCUUUAAAUGGCAUUUGGAAACUGGGUUUGUAAAUGCAUUUUCAAUUGUCGUGUCAAGAGUGUAGAACUUGAGAACAAGCUUCUUAUUUGAAGUUUGUGAAGGUUGUUGGGUGUUGGCAGUUGAAGUGUUGGUGUUGUGAUGGGCUGCGAGAGUUCAAAGCUCUCAGUGUGCUGUUGGUGUCCAGAGGUUGGCGGAGCAGUGCCUGAAGGUCACAAUGAUGAAAAUGAGGAGACGGAUGAAGUUGAUAAUGUGCCAGUGUUUUGUGAGUACUCUGUUGAGACGCUUAAGAUGGCCACAUCUGGAUUUGCUGUAGAAAAUAUAGUUUCUGAGCAUGGAGAAAAAGCUCCAAAUGUGGUUUACAAGGGCAAGUUGGAAAAUCAUAGGCGGAUUGCUGUUAAACGGUUUAAUAGGUCCGCAUGGCCUGAUGCUCGACAGUUUUUGGAAGAAGCAAAAGCUGUUGGUCAGCUUCGAAACCAUAGGUUGGCAAAUUUACUUGGUUGCUGCUGUGAGGGUGAUGAAAGAUUACUUGUUACCGAAUAUAUGCCUAAUGAUACACUAGCAAAGCACUUAUUUCAUUGGGAAACACAACCUAUGCAAUGGGCUAUGCGUCUAAGGGUGGCUUUACAUCUUGCUCAAGCUCUAGAAUAUUGUACCAACAAAGGGCGUGCCCUAUAUCAUGACCUAAAUGCUUAUAGGAUUGUUUUCGAUGAUGAUGGCAACCCUAGACUCUCAUGCUUUGGUCUGAUGAAGAACAGUAGAGAUGGAAGAAGUUAUAGUACAAACUUGGCGUUUACUCCCCCUGAGUACCUGCGAACGGGAAGAGUAACUCCAGAAAGUGUGAUGUACAGUUUUGGCACCCUUUUGCUUGACCUUCUCAGUGGAAAACAUAUUCCUCCUAGUCACGCAUUGGACCUAAUACGGGACAGGAACAUUCAGACACUGACAGAUUCUUGUUUGGAAGGCCAAUUUUCUCAUGAUGAAGGAACUGAAUUAGUGCGUUUGGCCUCAAGAUGUUUACAGUAUGAGCCCCGAGAACGGCCAAAUCCAAGGUCAUUAGUUGCUGCUUUGGUUCCUCUUCAGAAGGAUACUGAGGUUCCUUCUCACAUCCUGAUGGGUAUACAACAUGGUGCUGCAGCUUUACCACUAUCACCACUGGGUGAAGCUUGCUUAAGAAUGGAUUUGACUGCCAUUCAUGAAAUCUUGGAAAAGCUUGGAUACAAAGAUGACGAGGGUGCUGCUUCAGAGCUUUCUUUCCAGAUGUGGACCAACCAAAUGCAGGAAACAUUAAAUUCAAAGAAAAAGGGUGAUGUUGCUUUUAAGCACAGAGAUUUCAGAGCCGCCAUUGAAUGCUAUGCACAGUUCAUUGAUGUUGGAACAAUGGUAUCCGCCACAGUUUUCGCACGUCGUAGUCUGUCUUAUCUGAUGAGUGACAUGCCACAGGAAGCCCUCAGUGAUGCAUUACAAACCCAAGCAAUAUCUCCUGUUUGGCAUAUCGCAGCAUACUUACAAGCUGCUGCUCUUUUUGCUUUGGGAAGGGAAAAUGAGGCACAAACAGCUCUUAGAGAGGGUUCUAUCCAUGAAAAUAGAAGGAAUACAAAUGCUUGAAAAUAAAAAGUAAUGAAGUCGAAAUAAAUCUCUGAAUUGCGCUGUUUCUUGAAGACUACCAGAUGGCAUUUCCAUGGUUCUCACUUCUCAGUUUCAAGACAAUGACCAAAAGAUUUCUGGAUCCACAAAGCAGACAAUGGAGUCAAACAAGCCGAUAUGGUCCUGAUUUACUUGAAUGGUUGGCUGGUAAUCUUUUGAAGCAUAUUCUUUUGCAAAAUUAUUGAUGGGUUGGUUUUGGUUAGUUUGUUGAGAUAAUUGGGACAUUGGUGUUUAUUUAUCAAAAUCUGCCCUUUUUUUAAUUUGACAGACGAUUUUGAAUGCAAGCAUAUUGGGGAAUAAUUUAAGACACUUGCUAUUGGAAUAGAUUUGGAUAUGUUUGUAGAGGGUUUUGAGUUUCUUCUAAAGUUGUGGUGUUGUGGCUGUAAGUUAUGUACAUGAUACUGUUCAUCAUUUGUUGAAAUUGUCUGUUUUUGUAUGCUAUUUAUUAUUUCCUCAUCAAUAAAUCAUUAAUUUGUAUUGCA